CUGUCUUCUCCGGCCGACCCGCGAUCACCCGCGAUCACCGAGGCGGCCACGCGUCCCCUCGCCCCAACCCCUGGCCCUCCCCUACCCCCGUCCCCGCCCCGGGGGCCACCACCACCCGCCUCCCGUCCUGGCUCUGAAGAGAAUCCACAGGCUUCAGCUUCCUCGUAGAAUGGGGAAUUAAAUGGCCCGGCACGAGAGACCCCCCGGCACAGUGCUCAGCAGGUCCUGUUGGAGAUGGUAUGUUCCAUUGUCAAGCUACAAUAAUGGGGCCAAAUGACAGUCCCAGUCAGGGUGGAGUAUUUUUCUUGACAAUUCGUUUCCCAACAGAUUAUCCCUUCCAACCACCUAAGGUUGCAUUUACAACAAGAAUUUGUCACCCAAAUAUUAACUGUAAUGGCAGCAUUUGUCUUGAUAUUCUGCGGUCACAGUGGUCUCCAGCACUACCUAUUUCAAAAGUACUCUUGUCCAUCUGUUCUCUGUUGUGUGAUCCCAAUCCAGACGAUCCUGUAGUGCCUGAGAUUGCACGGAUCUACAAAACAGAGAAAAGUACAAGAGAAUAGUUUGGGAAUGGACUCAGAAGUGUGCGAUGUAAUUAAAGAAAUUUUUGGAUAACCUCUAUAAAUAAAGAUAGGGGAACUCUGAAAGAGAAGGUCCUUUUGAUUUUCAUUUGACUGCUUUCUAUGAGCCCAUGCCUCAUCUUGCCCUGUGCACGUUUACCUGAUACAGCAGUGCUGUGUGUUGUACAUAACGUGGAACAACUAACUAGAAAUACUAUACUUCUGUACCAACAUUGCCUCCUAGCAGAGAAGUAUGUGUGUGACAAGCCAGUUCUCCAGGCGUAACCUAGAUGUGAGACUAAAAGCUUUCCUGAUUGACUUAAAGUUGGAUAACGGCGAGGUGAGGGAUGGUGGGUAUGGUAUGUGGUUGGGUGGGGAAGAAAAGCCCCACUGACCUGCAGAACAUUAUUUUUAAGUGGAAUCUUUUAAAACUCAAAACAGUUAUGAAAAGCAAGGUGAAGAACUCGAGGCUGUUUCUGUAUUCAUUUUAUUCCAACGGACCUACAUUGUAGGUGAAUGUUAUGACAAACCAGACUAAACUCUACCCACAUCCUGUAUUUUAAGGUCUAAGUUUAACUGGUCAACAUUUAAAUGAAUUGGAACUAUUAGUACAUAAAGUGUGAUGGGCUUUGUUCCCAACACUUUUACAUCUUCCCACCCCUUCAGUCUUCCUCCUCUGCCCCUCUUUCUCUGUUCCAUAUAUAUUCUUUGGUUUGUAUGUGGUUUCUCAGUUAAUACAUAGCUAAUAGCUCUUACUUUUCUUAUGUUUUUAACUGCUUAGGUCUAUCUGGAUGUAAGGGUGAAAAUUCAUUUGAUGGAAAUACUUGUGUAUAUAUUUAAAGACCCAGUUGCUCCUCUGGAGCUCAUACAUUCAAGAAUGAUUAAUCUGUGUAAUAAACUGGUUACUACAGUCAUUAAAAACAAAAACAAAAAAGCUUUUUGUUUAAGAAUAUUUUAGAUUUACUGAAGAGUUGCAAAGAUUUUACAGAGAGCUCUCCUAUACCCUUCACCCAGCAUUCCCUAAGGUUAACUUCUUACAUAAUUGUGACACUUCUGUCAAAACUAGAAAAACUGAUACUGGUACAUUACUGUACAGACUUUAUUUGGAGUCCACCACUUUUUCCUUUUUCUGUUCUAGGAUCCAGUCCAGUAUAUCACAUUGAAUUUAGUCUCUUCCUUUUUAAUAGAAAGUUGAAACCAUCUGCAAAUAAUUAUAGUCUUGUCCCUUAGUUUCCAAAUUU